AUGGCCGCCAAGCGACGCCAGACUUUGCACAAUGUCGACCUUUUCGACCUAGUACUGGCCGACGAAAGGUCUCAGGUGACGCCAGAAGCUGUCGAAGCAUCCGCGGACGAACAAGCAAAUGCAGUCGUCAAGCCUUUGCAGCUUGACCAAAUUGCCAAAUUCAACAAGAAGGUAGACUCGACGGGGAUCAUCUACCUGAGCAGGAUACCACCGGGCAUGGGAGUCAGUAAGGUCAAGCAUCUCCUGUCACAGUACGGCGAGCUGGGCCGCAUCUAUCUCAAGAGAGACGACAAAGAUCUCAAGGCUGUGCCAAAGCGCAAAGAUGGCAAGAAGAUCAAGGAGAAGCAUACUGCUCACCGCUUCGUCGAAGGCUGGAUCGAGUUCCAAGACAAGCGAAUUGCACGAAGCGUGGCAGAUCUGCUGAAUGCCAAACCCAUCGGCGGCAAGAAAGCGAGUCCUUUCAAAGAUGAUAUCUGGACCAUGAAGUAUCUCCCUCGCUUCAAGUGGGGAAUGCUGUCCGAGCAGAUUGCCUUGGAAGCGUCGAUCCAGUCGAAUCUGCUGCGCUCGCACUUGGCACAAUCGAAACGAGAUCAGUCAUCAUAUCUGCAACAAGUCGAUAAAGCGAAGCAGAUCAAGAGGCGUCAUGAGAAACACGAGCAGCCAGAUCUUGGCGCUCCUUCUGCUCCUCCUGAUGAUUCAAUAGACCCAGUAGAUCAGCUGGCAAAUCCACAGCCCAAGAAAGCCAGAUUGUUCAAGCAGCGACCACUUUUGAGUGGGCGUACCGACUCCUCGGCUCAGGGCGAAGCGCUGGACAAAGUGCUCAAGAGUAUCUUCUGA